AUGGGGGCUGGCAUAUCGCGUGCGAAGAAUAAGUCCAGCAGGAACCAGCAGGGGCGUUUGCUACCUCCGCCUGCAGCCCACAGCCCGAGUGUUGCUUCUUCGAAACAGGCGCAAGCAGCACCUGUAUCUUCUUCUCCCGAACGCUGUGUUACUCUAUACCACAGGGAGGGUGUAGAAAAAGAAAAAGAACAGGCUCCGAGCAGGCUGCGUACCCUCAGGGCUCCCGGUGGUCUCGGAGGGGGGCAGCAUGCAGGACCCUCGAGUCGACGGGCUAGAGGAAACCUCCCCCGCCCCCAUACCCAGAGCGAAACUCAGGGAGCUGAGGCAGCAGAAGAUGCGCAGAGUACAAAUGUAAUAGAGACGCCAAUAUCUCCUGUGAAGGAGAGUAGGGACGCAGCAGUGAGUCCUGUUAAGUCAGAUUUCAGUAUAAACAGGUCCAACUUUAUUCUUGAAAAUGCAGGAAAAAUACAAACUCUUUAUGAUAUAGAACCAACAACACUCGGCUCAGGAACAUACGGCAGCGUAUCGAGAGCUAUUCGCAGAUCCACUGGCAUGCAGCGGGCAGUGAAGACCAUCAGCAAAUCACAAGUCAAAAGCAUCGAGCGUUUCAGAAGAGAAAUCGAUAUCAUGAAAAGCCUCGUAAGACACAGCCACAACAACACCCUCAGCAGCAACACCAGGAGCUUCGGCAGCAGCAGCAGCAGCGUCAGUAGUAGCAACUGCAGCAACUAUAGGAACUUCAACAGCAACAACAGCAGCAACUGCAACAGUAACAACAGCAGCAGCAGCAGAGCCAGCUGUAUUAUGUGCAAAUAG